CGGGCUUGUCGGGACGCCAAAACGGCCGCAGAACACACAGUCCACGGUUUUCCGAACAGCCCGUCUCAUCGUGUCUCAUAAACGAUCCCUGCUCGCCGCCUAUCAGACGGCCACGGCCAAGCGCAGCUGCGUACGACACGCCGCGGUUCCAGGGUCUUCUGUGACCGUAAUCGUGAAAGCUUUCAGAAUGUUUCCUGCUGGUGGAUCAUUUCGAGGUUCAAGAGGAGCCUGUUUUGCCAAAAUCCUCACGAAGAAUUUGCCUGUGACGUCAGAGCAGCCUGAACCAUGCAAACCUCCGUCUACUCUUUCAACCUCGAUAAGUCCUAGCGAAGAUGUCUUUGACCAACAAAUGAAGGGUACAUUGAAACCUGCACCUGCUGCCAAGGCAAAAAUCUCACCUAAACUACUCAUAGACAGAUACACGCGAGGCGAGAUGAACGCUGUAUCUUUACUCCAUCAGCUUGCUCAGAUUUUCCAGUUCCAUCUGGAAAUGAAGGAGACGGUGACCACAGACAACAUACCAGGGCUUUAUUUUGCCUUUUGUGUGGUCAUUGAUGGGGUCGAGUACAAGACUGGCAUGGGAAUAACAAAAAAGGGUGCUCGGCUCAAAGCAGCGGAGCUUGCUUUGCAGGACCUGCUGCCCAACUUGGAAAGUCUAAAGUUUGUCCUCCCUGAGGCAUCAGAUGUCCCUCCGCCCCUGCCAGUAAAAGAGGAGCCCUCCAUCUCUGACAUCUAUCCUUGUAGAGCCAUUCAUGAAAGGAAGAAUUCUGUCAACCUCCAGAUUCCCAGUGCUGUCAGGGAUAAGCUCACUAAACUGAUGAACAGCCAUCUAGAGUUCUGUGCCUGUGCAGGCACCACAGCAGCAUUCGUCAUUCAGACUUCCAACGGAUUUGAGGUGGUUGCUCUCGGCACCGGGAACUUCAGUACCAAACAGAGUGCCUCAUCGAGUGGACGGAUUGUGCACGAUUCACAUGCAGUUGUAACUGCAAGGAGAUCUCUUAUGAGGUUUCUUUACCGGAACCUGCUGAUGUUCUUCAGCAAAACAGCAAAUCUGAUGGAGAAGUCAGUCUUCCAGCAGAACAGCAGCAGUGGCCUCCUCAGCCUGAAGAGCGGCAUCACCCUUCACCUUUAUGUUAAUCAGCUGCCAAAGGGUGCUGCUCAAAUUCCUUCCAAGCUGCGCCUGAACCCACUCUCCAUUUCGGCAUGGCAAGUCAACAAUGAGAUCAGCCUGCACCUGUCAGUGGAGGGCAAGGUUUUUUCAGUUUUCUCGUCAGCUGUUGAUCACUCUGCCUCCAAGGUGGUCAGCAUGUCCACCACAGACAAGAUCACUCAGUGGCAGGUGCUGGGAUACCAGGGAGCUCUGCUCAGCCACUUCAUCGAGCCCAUCUAUGUCCAAAGCAUCGUCAUAGGUGAUUCUUGCUGCAGUGAUGUCCGUGGCAUGGAGAUGUCCGUGAGCCAACGUGUGGAAGGGAUCACCUCUCAGCUGCCCAUGUUCUACUGCAUGAUGAGGCCCCAUAUCAGCCUGGGGCCUUCUGUGGCUACUGACAGCACCGUCAGUGGCCAGUUGACCAAUGGUAUCAACUGGAGCGAAGGAGACACCUCUCUAGAGGUUGUGGACAGUCUGGAGGGCAAGACCAUAGAGGAAUCUCCCUUUAAGAGCGGCUCUGCUCUCGCAAGCCGUCUGUGCAAAGCAGCGAUGCUGCACCGCUUCAAGUUGGUGGCCAAAGAAGCCCAGAGGCAGGACCUCCUGGCCACAAGCUCCUAUAGAGAAGCCAAGAAGAUGGCGAAGCCGUACCAGGAGGCCAAGAACAUGCUGAGGGCGUACCUGUUGCAGCAGGGCUUUGGUUCCUGGCUGGUCAAGCUUUCGGUUAGUGAUAACUUCAGUAUGUGAAUUUAACCACAUUAUCAUUGGAAAAAAGCUACAUCCUGGAAAGCCACCGUGUUGAAAAUUUGAAAACUAAAUUUUGUUUGCAAGAAGCACUUAUCACUAUGGGACUUCACCAUGUUGGUAAUAAGAAGUUUCUGUUGUAGUUUCUAAAGGGAUUAAAAUCAAUCCCUGUCCAUGUUUAAA